UCUGGUGAAGGCUGAAGCCAAGGAGUUGGUUAUGGACGGCCUGAAAACUGCAGCUUGCAAAGUUGUGGAGGAUCUCAUAGCAGCAGCCAAUGAGAUGGUUGGCAUGGAUGCUCCCCUGGAUACUGAGAUCUCUCAGACCGAGAAGAUUGCCCUCAUCACUGGCAAGGCUAAGUCUCAGGUUACAACUGAAAAUGUUCCUGAUGACCUCCUGGAGAAGACAGAGAAAAAGUCUGAGGAGAAGGCUGCUGUCUCUGAAAGUCUUUCCCUGGCCUUACUGCCUCCUGAAGCCAUACAGCUUGUGGCAACUGGACACAUCGCUGAUGUCCGUGCUGAAAAAGCCUUUAUGAAGGCUGAAGCCAAGGGGCUGGUGAUGGACAGCCUGAAGACUGCAGCUUCCAAAGUUGUGGAGGACCUUAUAGCAGCUGCAGUAGAGAAGGUUCACAUGACCACUCCCCUGGAUACCCAGAUCUCUCAGACACGGAAGGUCGCCCUCAUCAAUGGGAAGUCUGAGAUUGCUGCAGAGGAUGUUCUUAAUGAACUCAUGGAGAAGGUUGUGAAAGAGUCUGAGAAGAGGAGAUCCCUGGCCCUGAUCUCUGUCUCUGACUGCCCCCUCUUGGCCACUCAGCUUCCUCAGCUCACCGAUCUUGUUCCUGAGCAGUGCAGUGGAGAGGAUGCAAAGUGUGCUGCACAUGAAGACAAACAGGUGAAGAAGAAGAAGGAGAAAAAGGAGAAGGGAAUCCGUGCAUUCUUCAGAGGGCUUUGGAAGAGGAUGAUAUGUUCCUCUGGAAUCCCCAAGGAUGACUGAGGCCCUGUCACCUACGAUUGUCUGUGCCCCUACAAGCCGCACACAAAAUAUUUAACAUCAUUCAUUAAUAUGUGAUACAAA